AUGGCAUACAAAAAGAAUCAUAAGAGCUUUGCUUCGUUAUGGGCUCAAUUUGUUAUUGCGUGUUUAUUAUACAUACGUGAAUUACAUAAGUUCACGUUAUGGGCAACCCAAAUGUUUGAUUCAGCAACGAAAUUUCCAAAUGGUGUAUUAGUCGGCUCAACAUAUGACUUAGGUAAUUUUGAUGAAUGUUUACAAGUGGAUGUUAAUGUUGCCAAACAAAAUAUUAAAGGAAAAUAUUGUCUGGCUUCAAUAAAAUUUGCACCUAUGAUUGAACGAACUCCAAAUAUGAAUAUUAACCCGUGGAGUUUGAAUGGAUCAACAUGGGAUCGUAUUCAGUUUCUAUCAAAAGAUCCAUCGAAAAGAGCACGAGAUGAAAUACAUUGGGCAUUUUGUAUACCUUCAGCCUGCACUCACACCGAUCUAAAAAUACAAUUAGAGGAAGUUUUGGAACAAUAUCAAAAGCUUUAUAAUAUUAAAGCUUCAAUAGAUGUUAAACCACAUUUGUGUCAAACUUCUGAGCCACUAAACUUAACACUGGGAGGAAUCGCAUUAUUAAUUAUUGUGGGACUAUUUAUUUUAUUUUUGGGAUUGGCUACAACAUACGAUUUCCUAACAAGUAUGAGAAGUUUUCGUCAUAUAACUUUCCAAAAAACACCGCACGAAGUUCUAAUGGCAUUUUCACUUUCAAACAAUUUGAAAAAGUUAUUGAAAUUUGAAAAGCAAGAAGAUGGUUUAGAUUGUAUCCAUGGAUUAAAAUUUUCAUCGAUGUGUAUGAUUAUUAUGGGACAUCGAAUUUUGUUCGUUUUAGGAUCACCAAUUCUUAAUUCAGAUUUUAUUGAAUCGUUUUACAGUAAAAUAGAGGCAAUGUUUUUAUUGAAUGGUCCCAUAAUUGUCGAUUCAUUUUUCAAUAUUAGUGGAUUUUUAGUAUGUUAUUUAUUAUUAUUAGAAUUUCGUAAGCGAGAACAAAUGAUUAAUGUUCCAAUGUUAUAUUUACAUCGUUUAAUCAGAUUAACACCAGCGUAUGUUGUCGUACUAGCAUUUUAUGGAACUUUGUUUGUUAAAAUUGGAUCCGGACCAUUAUGGUUGGAGAAAGUUGGUACUGAAACUGAAAGAUGUAGUACAUAUUGGUGGGCUAAUUUACUUUAUGUAAAUAAUUAUAUACAUCCAGAAAAAAUGUGUAUGAUUCAAUCAUGGUACUUAACAUGCGAUAUGCAUCUGUUUAUGAUAUCACCAUUUUUGGUAUAUUUAUUAUGGAAAAAACCAACAGUUGGAAAAAUUGUUUUGACAUUAUGUAUAUUUGGUUCGAUUUUAAUUGCAUUUUGUACUGUUUACUUUGGAAAAUUGGAUGCACUUUUAUUGCUUUAUAUGAAAACUCUUCGCGAUCCAUUGGCUAAUAAAACAUUCCGUGGUAUGUACAUACCAACGCAUACAAGAGCUGGUCCAUAUUUCACUGGCAUGGCUGCUGGAUAUAUCCGAUAUAAAAUUAAACUAACAAAUUUUCAAAUUCCAACAAUAAUAGUAUGGUUUGGUUGGAUAAUAUCCAUAUUUUGUUGUGAAGCUGCAAUAUUUUCAGCACAUCUUUUUUAUUUACCUGGCAGAGAAUAUGAUCCAAUGGCAUCUGCUGUUUAUGGAUCUUUCCAUCGAAUCGCAUGGAGUAUUGGAGUUAGUUGGAUGAUCAUAGCUAUGUCUACUGGAAAUGGAGCAUUUAUUGAGCCGGUCUUUUCAUGGAAACCAGUUAUUACCUUAAGUCGAUUGUCCUACUCUGCAUUCUUGGUUCAUGGAGGUCUCCAAUUAUACACAGUAGCAUGUGCUAGAAUGCCGUUUUAUGGAAGUUUCUACAAUCUAUUUUGGUAUUCUUUAGGAGAUGUUACUUUAUCAUUUAUCGGAGGGUUAGCGUUAACAUUAUCGUUUGAAUCACCUAUAAUAGCUUUAGAAAAAAUAUUGUUGAGAAAAGAUUCAGCAGUAAAGAAGCAAACUGAAGAAGUAGAAAAUAAUAAUAUAAACGAGGAACGUACUUAA